GCUGAGGUUAAGUCUGGGGCUGUCAAUGAUGAUGAUGGUGAUGAUGAGGGUGAAGAAGAGGAAGACGUCGACGGCAACGACGACGAAAGAAAAUGCUGAAGAAAAAGCUUAG